UUGAGAUAAAAACGUCUGCAUUAGACCUUUAAAUGCUCUCCAAAGGAGGAGAUAUUUCCAUUCUAUACAUGCAGGCUACUAGACUAAUGAAUACAUAAAUUAAACUAAACCCAUGUUUGUGUAUCAGUGUCCCUCUGCCGAAGAGAUGUCUGUAUGACAUCUUACUCUAGCAAAAUGAGAUUGGCUAAGGCUAGCUGGCCAAUCAAGUGGAUCUAACACACUAACAUGGAUCCUUUCAGUGGGCUACAACAACAUGAGAAGUGAGAAUGUGAAUUGUAUUUCUCAUCUUUCUCUCAUUCCUUUCCUGUGUGGGUGGGUACAUGAUUUCCCUAGGGACUACAGGGGGUCCUGGUUUACCAUUAGUAAGUCUGAGCACCCGUAGGCACACCAUGUUCAAGAGGAGUGUCACAAUGUUAACGUAAUUACACACAUUGCCUGCUACAGAGCUAUAGGACAAACCAAGGUGGCCUCAUCUCAAGGUUGGAAUACAUUUACUCAAGAGAAUUCUACGCAGAAUUUACUAAUAUACCCCUUUAUCAAAGCAAGAGCAUGUCUAGUAAGACAUUAUUACUUUUCAAAUGUUUUAUUUUGCUCCAAGUCAGCUUGUUCUUUCAACAGGCAAAGCCAGAGCAGUGUACAAGACUUGCUUUUAGCCCAUGUCUCUCUUUCUUAAUAACCCGCACGCACACAAAAGGCAAUCAUGAAAAUGGGACUGUAGUUGGCUAGACCACACCCCCUGCCUGCCGCUACUGGCUCCAGCUCCUUACACCUCUCUCUGACAAAAAGAAACAGAGAGAAAGAGACAGCGGGCGUAUGAGAGAGCCGAUGAGCAUGGCUCAAAACCGAACAGCUCUGUGUGUCACACUCGAAUACAUCGCACCCACAGCUAGGACCUAGGCGCGGAUCGUCGCUUUCAAGACAAGCGCAACAUCGGAGAGAGAUAUUACGCAUGGUUCUGAUAGAGAAUGAAUGCGCCGCUGUAUCCAACAAUCCCAAAACGCCGGGUUGGUCUCAUUUUGCCACCAUUAGAGCAUCACUUGAAUUACCAUAAGGGAGCGACGAGAUCCGAGCACAGUAGAAACAACGUCUUUACAACUGAGGAAUAAGAGAUUUUGCUCAAAUGAUUGAAUAAUUUACUUUUGAUCAAAAUCCAAAUAUUUUCAUUUAUUUGGAGGUGUAAUUCUAAGGACACAUAUAUUAAAGCACUUUGAUAGCCAUCAUUAGGUCUACUUGGAUUUGAUCAUAUUGACAGUGUUAGUAAUCAUGAUGGAAACUGCUUCAAAAGCGCGUCGGCUGUCCAAUGUGUCCAACGUGUCCAAUAUGUCCACGUCCAGCGCUGGGACUGAGGUAGGACAGAGCGAUGUUCAGAUUUGGGGGGACAGACCUUUGCCUGUCGACUACCUUGGUGACAUCUCGAUCCUGGAUGAAGGGAGAUGGUCUAACUCUGGCGUGAAGAAACAUCACCACAAGCACAACCUGAAGCACCGCUACGAACUGCUGGAGACAUUGGGGAAAGGGACAUACGGCAAAGUGAAGAAAGCCAUCGAGAGACAAUCCGGCAAAGUGGUGGCCAUUAAGUCCAUCAGGAAGGAGAAGAUCAAGGAUGAUCAGGACAUGGUUCACAUCCGCAGAGAGAUCGAGAUCAUGUCCUCCCUCAAACACCCUCACAUCAUCUCCAUCUACGAAGGUAGGUCUGAGAGAGAGAUGGA